AUGUCGGAUGAAACGGCUAAAGCUCAAUCGGCUAAACCAACUGAAGAUACAAUCUUCGGUAAAAUAGCACGUAAAGAAAUACCGGUUGACUUUCUCCAUGAAGAUGAUCAAUGUGUCGCAUUCCAUGAUCAAGAAAAACAAGCACCAACACAUUUUCUUGUUAUACCAAAACAACCGAUACAACAAUUAUCAAAAUGUAAACAAUCGGAUGAACAACUUCUCGGUCAUUUGUUAAUUGUUGCUGCCAAAGUAGCUAAAGAUCAAGGACUUGAUGAUAAUGGCUAUCGUGUUGUUGUAAAUAAUGGAAAACAUGGUGGACAAAGUGUUUAUCAUUUGCACGUACAUGUUUUCGGUGGAAGACAAAUGGGAUGGCCACCCGGAUAA